UGAUGCUGUCUCAGUACAUACAGAGGGUUAGAGGAUCCAGGGUCACCCUACUGCUGCUGCUGCUGUUACUGUUGCUGGUGUGGAGCAGGUGACAAGGGGGGCAAGAAGCUGUAUGCGGAGGACAUUGGGACCUCCCUAGAAUCUGUGUGCCAGCUCUCCAUGUUUGGGGUCCAGGAUACUUUAGGAAGAGGAGGAACUGUCCUGAGAGACAAAGCACUGACAGCUGGCAUGGAUUCUGUCCGCUCCUGGGUGAGGAAUGUUGGAGUUGUGGAUGCCAAGGUGGCCGCUCAGAGUGGGGUGGCAGUGUCCCGGGCACACUUUGAGAAGCAACCACCAUCCAACCUGCGGAAAUCGAACUUCUUCCACUUUGUGCUGGCAUUGUACGACCGACAGGGACAGCCCAUAGAAAUAGAGCGGACUACGUUUGUGGAUUUUGUAGAGAAAGACAAGGAACUGAGCACUGAGAAGACCAAUAACGGCACACACUACCGACUGCAGCUCCUCUACAGCAAUGGUGUCCGGACUGAACAAGAUCUCUUUGUCAGACUUAUUGACUCUGUGACAAAACAACCAAUAGCAUAUGAAGGACAGAAUAAGAACCCGGAAAUGUGCAGAGUCCUACUCACACACGAGGUCAUGUGCAGUCGGUGCUGUGAGAAAAAAAGCUGUGGUAAUCGGAAUGAGACCCCAUCUGACCCCGUCAUCAUCGACAGGUUUUUCCUCAAAUUCUUUUUGAAAUGUAACCAGAAUUGUCUGAAGACUGCAGGGAACCCCAGAGACAUGAGACGAUUCCAGGUUGUCCUCUCCACCACGGUGAAUGUAGAUGGACAUGUCCUGGCCGUGUCAGACAACAUGUUUGUUCAUAACAACUCAAAGCAUGGGAGGCGGGCAAAACGACUGGACCCUAUGGAAGGUACGGACGCUUAUCGGGAGUACGCCACACCUUGCAUCAAGGCCAUAAGCCCAAGUGAAGGUUGGACUACAGGAGGUGCUAUGGUCAUCAUCAUUGGGGACAAUUUCUUUGAUGGUCUUCAAGUGGUGUUUGGAACAAUGCUAGUUUGGAGUGAGUUGAUCACUCCACAUGCUAUCCGGGUACAAACGCCCCCACGACACAUUCCAGGAGUCGUAGAAGUGACCCUGUCCUACAAAUCUAAACAGUUCUGCAAAGGAGCCCCUGGAAGGUUUAUUUACACAGCAUUAAACGAACCCACCAUUGACUAUGGCUUCCAGAGGUUACAGAAGGUGAUCCCCAGACAUCCUGGUGACCCAGAAAGGUUGGCAAAGGAAAUGUUACUUAAGAGAGCAGCGGAUUUGGUGGAGGCGUUAUAUGGAACCCCCCAUAAUAACCAGGACAUCAUUCUGAAGAGGGCUGCAGACAUUGCUGAGGCUCUGUACAGUGUCCCCCGAAACCACAAUCAGCUUCCUACCUUGUCCAGCUCCCCUGUUCACGGUGGCAUGAUGGGACUCAACUCCUAUGGGGGACAGCUUGGAGUUACAAUUUCAGACUCACAGGCCAAUAACCAGGGAUAUAUUCGGAAUACAAGCAGCAUCUCCCCACGUGGCUAUUCCACCAGUUCCACUCCCCAACAGUCUAACUACAGCACUCCAAGCAACAGCAUGAACGGUUACAGUAACGUUCCCAUGUCAAACUUGGGUGUCCCGGGAUCUCCAGGGUUCAUCAACGGCUCUCCCACUACAUCACCCUAUGGCAUUAUGCCCUCCAGCCCACCCGUGGGAUCAUCUGGAAGUUCAUCCAUACUGCCUUUCUCCUCCUCCGUCUUCCCCUCCAUGAAACAGAAGAGUGCCUUUGCUCCAGUCAUUCGACCGCAGGGUUCCCCAUCUCCAGCCUGUUCCAGCGGUAAUGGUAAUGGUUUUAGAGCAUACAAGCUAGAAACAGAUAAGGUCCUUGGCGGUCCCUGGUUUGAACCCAACAAUUCAACAAUUCAACAUCACCGAACACAAGAGCUAUGACGGGUUUGGUAGUCCCUCCUAUGUGAAACAGACUGAACUGUUUGUAUAUGUAUCAGAAGUGAAGAUAAAAAAAAAACAAGACAUUGUGUGUGAUGGCAGGGUCCAUGUCUGGAAUUGGAUCUACAAAGCCAGGAUCUUGUCUGUAUCUAUAGAGAUCCACCACCAACAUACCAGGGAGAGGAGGCCUUUGAGGAAAUAUGCUUCUCACGUUUGAUUGGUGGAGAACACACUAUACUGAAUCCUGUACAGCGCUGGGAUUUCAUCAGACAACUACAUGGAAUAUUUUGGAUACUUUUUUUUUUUUCUUCUUUGUAGGAAAAAAACUAUUUCUAUUUUCAGCCAACUUUUUCUGAUACCGAUUUUAUGUUUGCGCCUUGGGACGAUCAUAAAAAAAAAAAAAAAAAAAUUACGAAAGGGACUGAACAGGGUAUCGGCAGGGAGGACUCUGCAUCCUUUAUCUUCAAGGAUAAUCUGCUUCCUUUGCUGUAUGUGUCUGCUUAAAUGCUUACAUUUUUUAAUGUUUAAUAUGUUUUACAUUAUUUAAUUGAAUAAACUUGUAACUUAUUGUAUUUAGAAUUAGGACAAAAGAUCAACAUAUUAAUAAAUGAUAAAAUGGGUGAUGGGAGACAUGGUCUCACAGAUAAUACACAUUAAGGACCUUGCAUGCGUCUAGGUCCAAUUCUGAUCAAUGCUGGGCUUGGCUACUCAUACUGCUACCUUGUCUCAAGUUACAACGUAUAAAUGUACAAUUGUCAUUUGAAAUAUUUAACAACAUGGUUUUCAUCUGCCUAAGCCUCCUCUAGUGGGUGAUGGAUGGUCACACACAGUGGUGGCUUACAACAGAAGCAGUAGCCCUAGGCAUAGAUCUCUAGAAAGGGGACCCAGAUGUUCAAUGUUCUACACCAGUGGUCAAGCAUUAUAGGGUUGAGGCAAGAGGAUAGGAGUAUUUUCAAGUAUAUUUAUAAAGAUGCCCUUUAUUUUAUUGUCUUAACAGGGUUAUAGUAUGGAUAUUAUUAGGCAAUCACACAAACAUCGUACAUAGUUAGGGCCCAUGAUUUCAAUGUUUUAUUUGUCAAUGGUCACAUGGAACUAUAUGACAGGAACCAACUGUUGAAAGAUCGGUUAUUUUUUACCUUCCAAUAUUUUAAUAUUUCUAAAAGGGUCAGAUCAAUUUCCCACUUUAAAGCUGAACUCCUAGGAUUUAAAGAAAUACAAAAUUCAAAUACAAACGUGGGAAAUGUUUAACCCCAAGGGUUUGUAAAUCUGUGAUCCUUGUACUGUCUCAACACGGCACAACUGGACUCUAAAUCUCAACUUGUUGAAGAAAACAUGGUCUAAAGCUGGCCAUAGAUGGAGCGAUUUUCUUUCCUGCAACUAUGGAAUGCAGGAAAGAAAAUGACUUGAUCCCCCACCCCAUGGAGCUAUUGUAUUCUUCUGGCAGGGGGAGCCACCCAUUGCAAAAUUCCGACAGGCUGGUUGUGCCCAAGUUGAUUGGUCAAUCAAUUAGCCUGCCUAUAGAUGGUUUGAAACUCGGCCCCUGCUGAACUGUCUGAGAUACGAACAGUCUAUGGCCGGCUUAACACCUCUAGCUUGCAAACAUUAAACAACAGCAGCACAAUAUUGACGUCAUCCUUUUUCUCAACACAUGUGCAUGAAGCAGAACCUGAUUGGCUCAGUAGGCAUUUUUUUUUUUAAAUAACCAGAGUUUUCAGCUCUAAACUCACCUUGCAAAGUUAUGCACAUAUUGGCAUGUAUUUGCCACACACUGGCAUGCAAUCUGAGAACUGGAACUACCUUGCUCAGACAGGCAGUUGUGGAGGAAUGUAUAAGCAACAGGCCAGAUGCAGUUAUAGUUUGUGACAUCCACAGUGGGAAAUAGAAACUAAUCAAAUUAUCUACUUCAUUUAACUAACAUGUAGUAGUCACACUUGCUUUUGUUGAGAUAACUAAACCUAUUUUGUAUGCCACAGUGCUGUCAGUUUAUAUUUAAGCGGUGUUCAGUAUACUAUGUUUGACUCCUGGACACCCAUUUUUAAUGUGGCACAUUGCCUUUUUAGUACUACUGGCAAAAAUGCAACAAAUUGCUAAAAAAAAACAAUAAAAAAUUAACCGGGUUGUAAUACA